AUGUCAAAAAUAUUUUGGUCCGAAGCAAACAAUUGAGGAUGUGGAUAAAACGAUAUUACUUUAGAUUUUAUUGUAAAAGAUUAUAGCGCUGUUUGGCGGCAGAGAGCCUUCGCUUUUUGUUAUGGCGGAAAGAGACUAUUCUUCCUACCCUUCUAGCCUUGUGGAGGAAUUAAAAGCAUUAGAUUUGGAGUUGGAAGAAGGUGACAUUACCCAGAAAGGAUAUGAGAAAAAAAAGGCAAAAUUAUUGGCCAGGCUUCCUCAAGCACCACCGCCUGUGGAACCACGACCCAAACCUCGACCUGAGCAAAGACCAGAACAAAUUCCUUUUAGUCCUGGUUCAGACUCCCCAUAUCACCCUCUUCCUGUAUUGCGUGUUGAGGUGGUACAGGCUGCUUUAGCUCAACGAAAGUCUCAGAUAGAGUCACAUGGGCCUUCACCUUUUAAACGACAGUCCUUAAGACAAAAAGGGCCGACUGAACUACAAGAAGUUGACAUUCCACUUCCUGAUUAUGAUGGGGCAGACAAUUUAACUAGCGCAGAGAUGCAAGCAAGCAACGAAGCACCACAUAAAUACAGACUAAAAGUAGAAGACACAUCGAUUCCAAGUGUUUUGAAAGCCACACCUAAACAAGAAGAAGAGGUUGUUGUGGCCCAACCGGUUGUUGAAGCUGAUCGUUCCAAAGCAGGGGCAAAACGAAGAAGUCAGAUGCAAGUGGUAUCAAUAAGACUCGAUUCAGACUCUGACUCCAGUACUGGACCAUCUUCUCCAGGAAAGGUCUCCUCCAAAAUCCAACAGCUGUUAAACACAUUGAGGAGACCAAAGCGCAAGCCUUUGGAGCAAUUCUUUACAGAUGAUUAUGAUGUUGUUGAAGAACCAAAGCUUGACCCAGGUGCCCCGAAACCUGAAGGAACGACAACAAAACCAUCCAUAGGCGAUCCACUCCAACAACUUGCCCAAUGGGGUAAUAGUUUGGAAGAAGCUUUAUACCGUUAUGGGACAAGCCAUCAUAAAGCUGCUGCCAUAUCAACCAUCGACAACCAUUGUAAAACAUCUUAUACGCUAUCAUAUGGGAAAUUGUUAAGCAAGGCACAAAAAAUAGCCUUCACCCUUUUAAACAAGGUUGGCAAUCCUAGAGAGGGAACUUCAAUAAUGAUGGGAGACCGGGUGGCAUUAAUAUAUCAUCCAGAUGAUAUAGUCGGCUUUUCCACAGCAUUCUAUGGUUGUUUACUGGCUGGUAUCACCCCAGUUGCUGUUGUACCACCAAAAUCAAAAGAUGAUCCAGGUGGGCAACAGAUAGGAUUCCUUCUUGGCAGCUGUGGUGUCACGUGGGUUCUUACCACUGAAAUGUGCUUCAAAACUUUACCAAAGGAUGAUACUGGGAAUGUGGUACAUUUUAAAGGUUGGCCAAGCAUUCGUUGGUAUUAUACCGAGAAACUUGGCAAACCACCAAAAGAUUGGCGGCCACCAUCAAGUCUGGAUCGUGCGUCACCAGCUUAUAUUGAGUCAACGACAGGCAAAGAUGGUUCCGCCCUUGGCGUGUCCGUCACUCGUUCAAACAUGUUGACUCAUUGUCAAAUGGUGACCCAGGCUUGUUCAUAUACUGCUGGUGAGGUUAUGGUCAGUGUGUUAGAUUUCAAACGAGAAGUUGGUUUAUGGCAUUCUGUUUUAACAAGCGUUUACAACGGAAUGCACGUGAUCUUUGUUCCUGGAAGUGUUCUGAAAGCUAACCCCGCCAUGUGGUUGCAGGUUGUCACAAAACAAAGAGCAACGUGUGCUCUGGUGUCAUCUCGCGACUUACACUGGUCUCUUCAUGCGACGAAAGAAAUCAAGGAUGUCAAUCUUAGUUCACUCAGAAUGCUGCUCUUAGCAGACAGAGCUAAUCCCUGGUCACUUUCAGCGUGUGAUGCAUUUAUAAGUGCGUUUGAAAUGAAAGGACUGAAAUCAGAGUCUCUCUGUCCUUGUGCGAGCUCAUCUGAAACACUGACUGUCGCUAUCAGACGACCAGGAAAGCCAGGAUCGACUGCAACGGGACGUGGUGUGCUGUCUCUGAAUGGUUUGAGUUAUGGCGUGGUCAGAGUGGAUAAGGAAGGUUCUGUUACCUCGUUGACAUUACAAGAUUGUGGUACGGUCCCCCCUGGAGUGAAAAUUGUGGUGGUGAAACCCGAAGGACCUCCGAAGCUCUGCAAAACAGAUGAAGUCGGUGAGCUGUGUGUUGCCAGUGGUACAGUUGGCAGUGCUUAUUUUGGUCUUGUUGGAAAAACCAACUACACAUUCAAGGUUCAACCUCUCGGUGCAGAUGGUGGUCCAGUAGAACAAUAUUCCCACUACUCUGAAUAUGUUCGUACCGGCUUACUCGGCUUCCUUGGACCAGGUGGUUUGGUAUUUAUAUGUGGUACUGUCGAUGGUCUUAUCAAAGUGUCUGGUAGACGACAUAACGCAGAUGAUCUUAAGGCGACUAUUCUGGCUGUAGAUCCUAUUAAAUUUGUCUAUAGAGGAAGAAUUGCGAUAUUUGCAAUAGAUGUUUUACGCGAAGAGCGAAUCGUUGUCGUCGCAGAACAAAGACCAGAUUGUACAGAAGACGAGGCGUUUCAGUGGAUGAGUCAUGUUAUCCCUGCUGUCGACAGCAUUCAUAGCGUUGGCAUUUAUUGUUUGUGUCUGUUAAGCCCGGGAGGUCUACCAAAGACCUCGACUGGUUAUGUUCAUAUAUUUGAGACAAAACAAAGAUUCCUAGACGGCUCCUUGCAUCCAUCGAAUGUCCUCAUGUGUCCCCACUCAUGCGUGACUAACCUUCCCAAACCUCGAGGAAAACACCAAGAACCUGGUCCAGGGGCUGUGAUGGUUGGAAAUCUGCUACGUGGAACAAGGAUUGGAGAGGCAUCUGGCAGAGAGAUUGGCGAAAUAACAGAUGCGGAUAAAAGGUUCCAAUUUCUUUCAGAAGUUUUGCGAUGGAGAGCUCAGUCGACACCAGAUCAUAUCCUUUACUCAUUGUUAAAUACUAAAGGAGGACUGGCGUCCACAUUGAAUUGUGUUCAGCUUCAUAAACGCGCAGAAAGAGUAGCUCAGAUGGCAAUGGAAUGCGGUGAUCUCAGCUCAGGAGAUCGUAUAGCCUGGUUUAUCCUCCAGGAAUUGAUCUGGUCGUUGCUGUAUACGCUUGCUUGUAUGCGGGUCUUAUUCCAAUCCCUAUUCGACCACCCUAUCCAAAGAACGUGGCGACGACUCUCCCAACUUUGCGUAUGGUGAUCGAAGUGAGCCAAGC